UCAAUGCAGUCUCUUGAGCCUCAGGUUUUACAUCUGUGAAAUGGGGACAGGAACGGUGCUAAUUCAGUGCGAUUGAGGGUGUAGGGUGCUGACCAACGAAGCAGUUCUUAAAUGCCAGUGGUUGUCAUUCUCACUGUCCUGGUGCUCAGGACACACGAGGACAUGCGGGGCAGCUGAAAAACAGCACGGGCUUUGGGGGCAGGUGACACUGAACUCAAAUCCCACGUCUGCUCCUUAUUAGCCACGUGACCUUAUGAUGCCGCUUAAUCUAGGGGGUCACGUUCCACUUAAAUUUCCAGAAUAUUUUGGGAAAUUGACAUGAAGUUGGCAAGCUUUUGCCCCACCUAAUACAAGAAUAUUAAUAAUUUCUUUAAAAAAUCUAACAUUUGCUUUCACCAUUGUUUUACUGGAGAAAGGACAUUUUAAUACAACCCAGGCCCACCAAUAGGGAAUGGGGGUCCCCAUGGGGUGGCUGAAUGAGCACCUGUGAGACUCCCAGCAAGAAUCUUCCCUCUGUGCCUCAAUUUCCUCGUCUCAAGGUUUAAUUUAAACGUGGCAAUGCCUGUAUGCAGCUCCCAGCAUCCAGUAGGCACUCAAUAAGCACAGUUCUCCACCCUCCUCUCCUCUACCCCUCCCUCGCCUUCCCUGCUCCUUCCUGCUCUUCCACACCCUUAGCGUGGAGUCAUAAAACCCAGCCCGGUUAGACUCUUACCUCUCCAGCCCCUCCUGCCCAGUCCCUUGUCCCAGUUUGGGGGGCUGGCGUCCCUUACAUCUGGCUCCAGGUGCCGCUGACCCCCAGAGUGCAGGGCUGGGAACCAAGUGGACCUCGGGUUUGGCCAGGUAGCCACUGCCAUGGCGACAGCAGUAGUCAGUCCCCAACCACAGGUUCCCUAAGUGACUGGUUACUCUUUAACGUGUCCACCCACCUUGGGUGAUUAGAAGAAUCAAUAAGAUAACCGGGUGGCGGCAGCUGGCCGUGCUCACUGCCUUCCUGGUGGACUGGCUCCUGGUGGCCCUGUGCUUUGCUGUGCAGGCCCCAGCUCCUCCAUGCCCCGGGGUCUCUGGCUGGUUGGGCUUGGCCAUGGUCAGUGUGAACGUGUCCCUCGGGGCUCCAGUGGAGGGUCCCUAUGACACGUCCCCGUCGGAAGGCGCCAACCUCAACGCGCCCAACAGCCUGGGGGUCAGCGCCCUGUGCGCCAUCUGCGGGGACCGGGCCACCGGCAAACACUACGGUGCCUCGAGCUGUGACGGCUGCAAGGGCUUCUUCCGGAGGAGCGUGAGGAAGAACCACAUGUACUCCUGCAGAUUUAGCCGGCAGUGCGUGGUGGACAAGGACAAGAGGAACCAGUGCCGCUACUGCAGGCUCAAGAAGUGCUUCCGGGCUGGCAUGAAGAAGGAAGCCGUCCAAAAUGAGCGGGACCGGAUCAGCACGCGCAGGUCCAGCUACGAGGACAGCAGCCUGCCCUCCAUCAACGUGCUCCUGCAGGCGGAGGCCCUGUCCCAGCAGCACUGUCCUUGCCUCCUGCAGAUCACCUCCCCCGUCUCUGGGCUCAACGGCGACAUCCGGGCGAAGAAGAUCGCCAGCAUCGCGGACGUGUGCGAGUCCAUGAAGGAGCAGCUGCUGGUGCUGGUGGAGUGGGCCAAGUACAUCCCGGCUUUCUGCGAGCUGCCCCUGGACGACCAGGUGGCCCUGCUCAGAGCCCACGCCGGAGAGCACCUGCUACUCGGAGCCACCAAGCGAUCCAUGAUGUUCAAGGAUGUGCUGCUCCUAGGCAAUGACUACAUCGUGCCCCGGCACUGCCCGGAACUGGCGGAGAUGAACCGGGUGUCCGUGCGCAUCCUGGACGAGCUGGUGCUGCCCUUCCAGGAGCUGCAGAUCGAUGACAACGAGUACGCCUGCCUCAAAGCCAUCAUCUUCUUUGACCCAGAUGCCAAGGGGCUGAGCGACCCGGGCAAGAUCAAGCGGCUGCGUUCCCAGGUGCAGGUGAGCUUGGAGGACUACAUCAACGACCGCCAGUACGACUCGCGCGGCCGCUUCGGCGAGCUGCUGCUGCUGCUGCCCACGCUGCAGAGCAUCACCUGGCAGAUGAUCGAGCAGAUCCAGUUCAUCAAGCUCUUCGGCAUGGCCAAGAUCGACAACCUGCUGCAGGAGAUGCUGCUGGGAGGGUCCUCCAGUGACGCCCCCCAUGCCCACCACCCCCUGCACCCUCACCUGAUGCAGGAGCACAUGGGCACCAACGUCAUUGUUGCCAACACGAUGCCCGCUCACCUCAGCAAUGGACAGAUGUGUGAGUGGCCCCGACCCAGGGGGCAGGCAGCCACCCCCGAGACUCCACAGCCCUCACCGCCAGGUGGCUCGGGGUCGGAGCCCUACAAGCUCCUGCCGGGAGCCAUCGCCACAAUCGUCAAGCCCCCGUCCGCCAUCCCGCAGCCGACCAUCACCAAGCAGGAAGUCAUCUAGCAAGCCGCUGGGGGUCGGGGGCUCUGCUGGCUCCCCCCACCCCCCUCGGAGCCUGCCUGGUGGCCACUUGGUCUCAGCAAAGGAAGGCGUGACACCAGGGCCAGCCCCAGAGUGGUAAUGGAGAGGGUGAAGGGCCCAAGCACAUGGCUGAUGGCCACAGCCCACUGCCACCCUUGACGCCCUGCUCUGGGAGACACGGCUUUGACUUGGGGAGACCCCAGCUGGAAAGUCCUCUGCUGCCUUGGACAACUUUUCUCAUGUUGAAGCCACUGCCUUCACCUUCGUCCAUACCUACCCCCAACGUCACCCCGGAGGGACGGCCGUCUGGAGAUGAUCGGGGGCCCUGCUUAAACCAGCUCCCUCCACCCCAGACUGGUGCUGCUUCCCCCCCAGUCCCGGUCGUGGUGUCCAGGCACAGAGCACCUCACUCCUCCCUCUUCUGCUGCCCCCACCUCCAACACCCCUCUCCCUCCACCCACCUCCUUGGCCAUCCCGUCUUCUCCAGGGCCACCUCUCCAGAGGCUGGGGGACACUUAGAAAUGAUCCCUCAGUCAUUCCUGGAACAUCUGGUAGUCCCAGACUGGGGCUAGGCAGAGUGCAGGAGACUCCAUCCCUCCCCCUCCAGCCCCAGUGCAUCUCCCUUCUUCAGGGACUUGGUUGGUCUUCAGAGUGAUGGUGGCCUUAGGCUUGCCACACGAGAGAGCAAGCCACGGUUGACAGCUGCAGCAGGAGCUUGGAGGGAGGGCUGGAGCCGUCAGAGAAAGUAGUGGGAAGAGGCAGACCACGCACCAGGCCUUUGAGGAAGAGUGGGAUUCUGGCUGGUAGAGCAGGCAAGAUGGGACAUCCCGAAGAACAGCCUGGACAAAGGCCUGGAGGUAGGAAGAAUGUCAUGGGAGAGAUCCGGCACAGAGACAGGGCCUGCUGGGCCUGGAAUGCCAGACUCAGGCCCCGAGCAGCUGGGGAGACAUGCGCAGUGAGCCGGCUUUCACAGAUGAAUACAGCAGUCCCACCAAGGCGGGGUGGCAGGGAGGGAGCAGGGAGGUCCAAUGGGGCUGAUGAUGUGAUGCGGGUGAGAGUGACACGGCUUGGGGUUGGAUGAACCCUCAGACCAGAGUGACAUCAGGGAGGAAUUGUCCUCCAGACCCCGUCUCAAGCUCUUCCUAACUCCCGGGCACUGUAUUAAGGCAUUUGCCAUGCAUGGUCUCAUGGAUUCCUCCCCAGUAAAUGGAGAGUGUUACAGACGGUGAAGUUGGGUUCUAAGAGGUGACGAGACUUUUUCUGAAACUCAUGCAGCUGGUAAGUGGCCAAGUCAGGACUUGAACCCAGGUCUCCCUAGACUAGGAGCUCUUAAUCACAGUAUCUGAACAUCUUCUCCAAAAGGGCCCCUCUGACCUCCCUGUGAUCGAAUUGAGGGACUUCCUGGCCCUUUCACCAGCCUCAGGAACCAAAGGCUCCUUGUUCCCAGGAGCCCGGCCAACUCCUGGGACUAAGAUUGGCCUGAGGUGGCACCAAAAUCCACUUAGGGUCCAGAAUCCUGUUUGUUGAUAAAUACUAAGGAGAAUUUCUGACUCUUGACCCCUUUUCUCUGUUCGCUCCCCAAGUCUAGGGGAUGGGUGGCAGGGGCUGGUUCCUGGGAGACAGAGCUAUCUGGCGGGCA